AUGGGUAUCGCGGCGAACGCGCUGGGGGUUUUGCUGGGAGCGGCGGGCGGCGGUGGCGAUGGGGCCCCGGGAAAGGACCCGUCGCCCGCUCCGCCGUUUCCCCCGCCACCGCAACCGCCCUCGAUACCCCACCUCAUCCUGGGAUCCCUGAGGUACACGCUCGAGUUUGACGCGAUGCUCGCGGUGCCGCUCGUGCUCCUGUGGUUCUUUUGGAGGCUGGAUCACUUCGCGGACGUCGCGGGCGGGUCCGGUCGCGGCGGCUUCGGCGGCGCGAACGGCGGCGGGGUGAACGGGCGGCGACGACGGUGGAUGGGGGUGACCGCGCGUUGUUCGCAACUGCGCCGGGUGUGGAACACCUCCGGCGACGAGGUGACGCGCCGAUGCGGCGCGGACGCUCGCGAUUACCUCGUCGUCCAGCGACUCAUCCUGUGCGCGCUCCUCGGCGCGUGCGUCCCGGGGCUGGGGAUCCUCCUGCCGCUCGCGAUGCACCUGGGAAGCGGCACGGACGGCGGCACGUUCGACGAGGCGAAUCUCUUCGCGAGGACCACCGUCCACCACCUGCCGAACGGCUCGCCGUACCUUUGGGCGGUGGUGCUGACGUCCGCGGUGGCGGUCGUGUGCGUGGAGUGGAUCGCGGACGAGAUCUCCGUGUCCCUCGUGCGCAUGCGAUACGCCCGCGCGGAGCUCAUGGCAUCCGUCGCCGGAACCACGAUCCUCUUGAGACGACUGCCGAGAACAGUCACCGACGAUCCCGCGGGGCUGGAACGCGCGCUGGAGCGACGGUUCCCCGGGCGCGUGCACCGCGUGGUGGUCCCGAGGGACGGCGCGGAGUCGAGGGCGCGGAGACGGCUCGCGAGGGCGCGCGCGAGGUUGGCGUCGGCGAGGCGGGAGAGGCGAAAUACGCGAUCGUCAGGCGGCGGAUCGGCGGGGGGAGGCGCGACCGUCGGGACCCCGGUGGGUGGGGCGACGGAGGGAACGCCCGCGCACGUCGGGGCGUCGUCGCUGCUGUUCGGCGCCGGGGAGGAGGACGCCGACGUCGCGGGCGGGGUGAACGUCCUCGAACACAGGGUCCGCGCGGUCGCCAAAGCCGAGGAGGACCUUCGCCGGGUGACGACGGAUCCAAACACGGGUCGACGAGCGGAUGGAUCGAAGCCGCCGCCGCCGGGAUGCGCGUUCGUCGUCUUUCGCGACCCGCUGACGGCGCGUCGCGCCCUCACCGCGCUCAAGCGCACCACCCGCGGCGCCCUCGUCGCCCUCGCGUGGCACGCGUGGAUGCUCCCGUUCGCGGCGGCGCGGGCGCUGGCUCCGGGGUUUGGCGGGGGACGGUUCGGGUUCGACGGCGAUGGAUUCGACGAGCGCGGGUCCACCGCCGCGGGCCGAGCCGCCGCCGCCGCCGCGCGACGCGACGCCGCGCGACGCGACACCCUGGCGACGACGACGACGACGACGGUGGGUGCAGGUGCCACGUCAUCGUCCACGUCAGCAGAUCUCACCGAGCCGCUCAUCGUCGCCGACGAGUUCGCCGCCGACGACUCGGCCUCGUUCGACGACGUCUUCGGCGCGGGCGGGUUCGACGUCACGGGCGUUACGGGCGUUACGUCGUCGGGUCGGGCGUCGUUCGACCCGAGCGAGAUGCCCGCGGCGGUGGCGCUCGCCGUGGGCGCCGGCGCGCACAACUGGCGCGUCGAUCACGCGCCUCCCCCGUCGGGCGUCUUGUGGGACAACGUCGGCGUCGGCGCGGCGAGCCGGUUCGCGAGGUUGUGGGCGGUGAACGGCGCGAUGUUCCUCGGGCUCGUGUUCGUCUCGAGCCCCCUGGCGCUCUUCUCGUUCGUGAACGACGCGGCGAAGACGCUCAACCCGGAGCUGGACUUUCAGUGGGAUCAGUGGGUGGCGUGGGCGAACGGUCGGGGGUACCUCGCGGGAUUCGUGUUUCAGUUUCUUCCCAACCUGGGCGUCCUCGUGGUGAUCUACCUGCUCAUCCCGAAAGUCAUGGAGCGCGCGACGAGGGCGGAGCGGCACCUCACGCGAUCCGGCGCCCUGCGCUCGCUCGUGUCCAAGGAGUUUUGGUUCUUCCUCAUCAACCUCCUGCUGCUGCUCGCGCUCGGGAAGGCUGCGCUGAGCGCGACGGUGCAGCAGGUGCGGCAGUGCCAGUGGCGGACAGCCCCGGACGCGUGCGAGGACCGGUUCCUGCGGAUCCUCGGCGACUCGUUCGUCGCAAGCUCCGCGAUGAGCAUAUGCGGCUUCCUGUGCACGUGCUGCACCCUCGGCCCUGCGUGGGAGCUCCUCUCGUUCCUGUCCUGGCUGCGCGGCGAGGCGGCGGCGAAGUUGGCGAGGAAAGGGAAAAUCUCUCUCGGCGCGAUGACGCGCGCGGCGUCGUCGGCGGAGUUUGGAUGGCGCGACGGCUUCGACGACGGCUUCGACGGCGGCGCGAGCAGCGGCGGGGUCUCCCCGCGUCUCCCCGCGUCCGCCUCGAGCCUCCUCGCCGCCGGAUCCGACCCCGACGGGAAUCGAUCCUCCGACGUUCAGAUUGCGUUUCGACCCGCGUUCGACCUGCCGGGACAGCACGCGUUCAACGUCACCGUCCUCGCGUGCGCGCUCGCGUACGCCGCGCUCGCCCCUGCGUUGCUCGUCCCCGGCACAGCCUUCUUCGCGGUGCGGUACCUGGUGCACAAGCACAACCUGCUGUGCCUCCACCUGGACAACGUCGCGGGAGCCGGCGACGGCUUAUUCGGAAGCCACGACGCCGCCGUGGUCAAGGACGGGCCCGCCGGAAGCCCGGGCGGGGUCGCACACGGCGCACACGGCGGCACGCGGACGGGCCGCGUCGCGAAGAAAGCCUCCGACGGCAGGCUGCUGGCGACCGUCGUGAAGAUCAUCCGGGUAUCCGCCUUCGUCCACGCCGCCGUCAUGGCCGCGUUUAUGAACCUGCGGGGCACACCCGCGCAGGUUGCGUGCGCGGACAUAAUCCUCUGCGUGCUGCUCCUUCGACCGCACGCGGAGACGUUAUUCGGCGGGGGGGGCGGAGGCGGUGGGGGUGGCGGGCGCGGAGGCGGAGGGGGGUACUACCUGGCCGGCCGCCGCGCCGGGCAGCGACGUCCAGCUGGCGGCGGCGACGGCGACGGCGGCGGGCCCCAGUUCGGCGCCGGCAUCGACGCCGCGGAGGCGUCCGCGCUCGGCGUCGGCCCUCCCGGUCCGUCCGGCGCGCACCACCACCGCGGCGCGUCGAUGGCGAGCUCCAUCGGCGGCGGGGGGUGGACGCUGGACGCGUCACCGGAGAUUCUUCUGGAAGCCGGAAGGUACGCCGGGCCGUGGGGUGGGGUGGACGACGCGGACCUUCGGGACGUGCACCUGACGCACGGGUCCCACGGCGGGUUCUCGUCGCACGCGAUGGCGACGAUGGAGCCGAGCUUCUCGUUCGCGACGCCCGCUGCCGCGCGCGAGGAGACGCCGACGCCCUCUUACGGGCGACGAGCCAAGACGAGAAGCAGGAUCGGGCUCGGGGGUGGGGGGGAAGGGGAGGGUGAGGGGGAGGGGGAGGAGGUGGACGAGGAGGGCGGUGCGGCGGCGUCGAGGCCGCUGCUGACGCGGGUCGUCGGCGAUUACGAGUCGGAAUCGGACGAGGAGUGA